AUGAGGAAUCCAGAAUCAAAACAAGUGUUGAUGUUCAGUGCAACAUUAAGCAAAGAUAUUCGACCUGUCUGCAAGAAAUUUAUGCAAGAUCCAAUGGAAAUUUAUAUCGAUAAUGAAACUAAAUUAACACUCCAUGGUCUUCGUCAACAUUAUGUUAAACUACGCGAGAAUGAAAAAAAUCGAAAACUCAUCGAUCUGUUAGAUAAAUUAGAAUUCAAUCAAGUGGUUAUUUUCGUUAAAUCUGUACAACGAUGUUCAGUUUUGUGUAAACUAUUAACAGAACAAAAUUUUCCAGCAGUUGAAAUUCAUCGUGGAAUGCCUCAAGAAGAACGUUUGGCUCGUUACAAAGAGUUUAAAGAAUUUCAAACACGUAUUCUUGUCGCAACGAACUUAUUUGGACGUGGUAUGGAUAUCGAACGUGUCAACAUUGUGGUUAAUUAUGAUAUGCCAGAAGACACAGAUACAUAUCUUCAUCGAGUUGCACGUGCUGGUCGUUUCGGUACAAAAGGUUUAGCAAUAACUUUCAUUGGUGAUGAGAAUGACGCUGCGAUUUUAAAUGAAGUGCAAACUCGUUUUGAAGUACAAAUCACUGAAAUGCCCGAUGAAAUUGACGUUACUACUUAUAUCGAAAAUCGUUAA